AAUGCGUUUAGUUAGGAGGCGUGGAUUGGCGUGGCGGGAAGCAGCAAAGAAGGCUGCUCAAGCACAACAUACCGCCUCUAACGCAACAAAGGACAAAUGGAGUGAGCUCCUGCAACAACUCAAAGAAACCAAACCCUGUGAUCAUCCUGCCUGUAGAGGAAACCAUAAACCAGGCCAACCCCACCAAUACGACUAUGCACCAAUACGGCGGGAAUCGAGAGCAUCUGCUGUGCAGAGAGCAGCUGAGCAAGAGGAGGAAUUCCGAGGCUUCACCAACCGCCUGCUGGUGGUGUUGGCUCUGCUGCUGGCCGGACUUACUGGAGUGGUGCUUUACAGCCUU